GGGAUUGGUUGCAGAAGAAUUCAUAGAUGAAUUGUCGUAUUUGAAAUUCACCAACACGUGCGGCCUGUAAAAGAAACGGCUUUUAAAAAGUGAAAAACGCCUUUUUAUUAUAAUUUAUACCCACUAGUUUUUCCGUAGAAUCAUCAGAGCAAAAUGUCUCGAAAAACUCCAACAUUAGAAUUACUGCAGAAUGUUGAUAUCGCUUCCCCUGUCAGAAGAUCAAGUAGAAUUGCACAAAAUCAAAAAUCAUCAGCUCCUGUUGUUACGAGAAGAGCUUCAGCUGACACUAAAACUACGACCACCAUGACAAGUGAAACCAGAAAGUCUCGACGUUUGUCUUUGUCUCAAGAGCCAGGCGAGAAUUCGGAAUCGGGAAGGUCAACCCCUGUUUUUACAAAUAAUGAAAAUAAAACUCCAUCAACCAGAAAACGAAAAGAUUCGACAUCAAGUGCAAAUGAAGAGAAAACAGCAAAUCAUGUGAAGCGAACUUCAACUCCACUUACUAGGAGAUCAACUAGAUCUAUGAGUAGAUCCCCACAAAAAUCAGAAGAAACUUUAGAACCAACCACUAAAUGUAGAUCCAAACACUAUUCUGUGACCGAAAAACUAAAACUACUGGAAGCUAUUAAAGAGAUGGAAACAAUAAACGAAGUUGUACAGCAUAAAAAUGAAAAAGAAAAUGAAGAAAGAGAUGAUUGUGAUAAGGAAGUUGAAAGUACAUCCAGAAAUUUGGAUGAAGCAGUUGUUAUUUCAAAACCCAUUAUAAAACAGUCUUGCUUACAGAAUUUAAAUUUAAAUGACAAACAAUUUGAAAUACAAGGGCUACUAAACAAGGAUACAAAUGUUAAUACUGAAGAUGGAAAUGAUAUUAUUUUUGAAGAAAAUAAACUACAAAAUAGUGAAAAUAAAGAAAAUGAUAUACUUGAUACAUGCGCUACUGAAAAAUCAGAAAAUUAUGCUAAAGAUGAUUUGAUUGAAAAUAAAAUUGCAGAAAAUUCAUUUAAAUCUGUUGUAAUUAAAACAGUUGAAAACAAUGAUUGUAUCGAGUCUUUAAAAAAAUUAGAAACUACUCUUUCAAAUGGUAAAGAUUCUACUUGUGAAUUAGUGUUAUCUAAUGUUUCACCUAUGAAGAACAGAGUUAUCCAUGAUAAUAAUUCCUCAUUGAAAGGAGAAACUCCCAAAAGUACUCCCAGUAAAAUGAAUAAAACCAAAACGCCUGAACAAUCACCAGUGCAUGAAAAAUCAUCAAUUGAAAACAAAAAUGGUACUUUAACAAUAAAAGAUUCUCUUUGUGAGCCUAUGGAUAUUGAUGAAUAUACACUUUUGGAAGAUUUAGAUGACAAUGCCUCACAGUUAUUAAUAAAAUCGCCUUCUAAAGAACCAAAGCAAAUAAACGAAAAUGUUUACCUCACAGCCCUUGCAAAAAAUAAAAAAUUUAUGCAAAAUAUAGAUAACACAAUAAAAGAAGAUGCGGGUCUUGCAGAAAGUGCAGGUGAUUUAGAUGGUCAAAAGGAAAGAGAGUUUAGUCAAAAUAAAUUAAUAUGUGAAUAUGAAGCUACAAACAAUGUGCCGCUUAAAGGAGAAAAUCUUAGCCAAGAUAAUUUGAAGAUCAUCAUUCAUCAGAAUGAAGAAACACCAACAAAAUAUUCAAACGGACGAAUUUCUGAAAUAGAAAUAGAAAACGAAAGAGAAAGGAACCGUAGUAUCACACAGAUAAAACCCGUACUGGUCAAUGAAAAACUGAACAAAACAGAUAAAGUUUAUGCAGCAAAUGAUGAUAGAAAUUAUGACUUUAAAGAUAAUAAAAACGAAGACUUGAGGGAGUUAACGAAUGAGGAGUAUAUAAACGUAAAUAAAGAAAAAGAAAAUUCAAAUAUUUUAAACGGAAACGAUGAUAAAGAAGAGAAAAGCCAUGAUGUCAGUACAUUUAAAUACGAAACAACGACAAAAAUACCCCACCCGCAUAUUACUGUUCCUCAACUUAACAUUGACAUUCAGUUAGAAAAUAAAGUGAGUGAUCUAAUCAACAAGAAAUUUAAUGAUAACCAAGAGAAAAGUGAUAGUGAUAUAGAUGUAGCGUCUGUUACUGAUUACUUGGAUGAUAUCGCAGAAGAGGCUAAAGGUGAAGAUGAAAGUGAAAAUAAUAGCAACGAAAUAGUUGAUGAAGGAGAACCCAUUGGUUAUUCUAGCGCUGAUGAAAAGGAGACUGACGACGAUUCGUUUGACGAUUCUUUUAUCGAUGACGAUGUUUCAAGCGAAUUACUUUCUGGUGAGGAAUAUGAUUUGGACGAAAAUAAAAUCAAGAAUCAGAGAAAUAGUAAAAUCGAUGCAACAGAAGAAGAAAUUAAGAGUAAAAAAUUACAAAAGGCUAAAGGGAAGUGGUGUCGAAUAAUUCAGGUCGAUGAAAGCGAUGAAUCAUUACCAGAAAACGCCAAAGUAGGCGCGACAAAUUCACAUAGUUUGUCAGAUUCAAAAGAACAAGGUUUACCUCAACAAACAACUGAAAUAACUAUAAUUGAUGAUGAACAAAUGGUUGAAGACAGUUCAGCAUUAUAUAAAUUGACCGAGCUUCCGCCAGCAGAUACAAACAAACCAGAAAUUUUUACAACUUUACAACAAGCUGACGAAAUCAAAACAUCACCGAAAAAGACAAAAAAGCGUUCUUCGUUAUCGAUAAGCGAAAAUUUGUCUUUUGACGAAAUUCGUGAACGUGUUGAACAAGUGGUCGAUUUGUUUUCGUCUAAUGUAAAUAGCAGAAGUCGAAAGAUUUAUCUGAAUCUAUCAUUGAAUUAUGAAAGCGACUCUGAUUCUAACAAAGAUGAGAACUUAUUAAGCACUAGUUUGCAAACCGUCAACUGUUCUAACAAACGUAAAAAGUAUCGAAAGAAUUCAAGAAACAAUUCAAAUACCUUCACUUCUAACACAAAGUCAAAGGAGUUGGAACUUUCAGUUCAUGCUUUUCAACCUUGUAAAGUAGACGAAAUUAUUGAAGAGAUAGCGGGAACCAAUAAGAAUAAACGAAGCAAGAAUGUUGAUGAAACGCUGCUUUCAUCAUCAAAAAAGUCUAAGAAGAAAUUUUGCGAAGAGAGUGAAGAUAUAAAAUCCACUGAAAAAAUAUUUAAUGAUAAUUUAGUAAUUUUAAAUCUACCCAAGAAGAAAAAAGUAGAGUGUCCAGAAGAAAAUGUUAACAAUAAAAUGAGUUUUGAGGAAGAAUCUGAAAUCCGUAAAAAAAAUAAAAAGGGUAACGAGAAUGAAGCAAGUAACCAGGAAAAUUAUAAAAUACAGUCCGAAUUGAUAAAUGAAGACGCUACAAUUAUAAAAAAGAAAGACAAAAAGAAGAAGAUAAAAGAAAGAGUACAUGUAGAAAAUGUUAAUACUGAAAUGCACGAAAAAAAACGUAAAUCAUUCUUUGGUUUAAAGAGUGACAUCGAUGAAGUUGAAAUGUUAGCCGAUUUAUCGAAAAAGACUAAAAAACAAAAAAUUUCGACACAAAAUACCAAAACAGGCGAUAUUGAGGAAAAAGAUAAAGUUAAAAUCUUAUCAAAUGUACUCAUUACCCCAAAAGAAAAAACUUCUAUACAGGAGAAAGGCAAAAUAAUGAAAAAGAACAAAAUGGACGAAUCUAAAAACACUCUUAUAAAUAUUUAUCCCAGUAAAAGUAAUCCCAAGCUAUGGAUCAUUGAUGAUUUUGAUACUCCUCCUAGGCCAUCACAAACUAGAAAAUUAAAACUUAAAAAGAAAAAUAAGUUCAAUGAAUGUACUGUACUGGCUGCUAAGGACUUUAAAAAUAAUAGAUUGUAUGAUUUUUCACAUGUUAACAGAAUGGAAACGACACAAUUGCUCAAGAAAAAAAAGAAACAAUUUGAUAUUAAAAGUGCUUAAUAGAUAUCACCAUGUUUACUUAUCGUUAUUUGUUUUUAAAAUUUGUCACAUGUUGCUAUUUUACUGAAUAAAUAAUUUUUUCCUCGAUAUCA